AUGGUUUUUAAGGUGUAAAUAUUUGUUUUUAUCCAAUAAUCCCCUUUCAGUCGCUGUAGUGUUUGCAAGAGUGAGCCAGAGAACGCACGUUCGCACGGACACGAACCAGAGACUCGGUUCGCUGAGAAAAGUAUGGACGCUCUCUGCUCAUUCGCGGUUAAUCCUUUACGGUGUGAAGAACUCUUCGCGUGUGCGUCCUCCGGUUGUUACGUUCGCGUUUGUCUUGCCCGUCUGCUUUCGCUUUCGACGUUUGUGUGGUGUUUGCGCCCCUAGAGUUGCGUCCCCCGUGUUAAAGAAUCGAUCGAAUCCGUUUGCUUCGCGGCGCUUUAAUUUGCUUCCUGCUUUUGUGCAUAGGAAAUUUAAAUACAAAAAAAACUCUUUAAUUUAUUACAUUCCUUUUACGGGCAGAGGUUAGCAAAUGAUGGCUUCGAGAAGCAAAACUUCCAUUCGGCUUACAGCAAAACCGUACUGGUGUAUUGAAUGAUUUGUUGCUUUUUAAAUAUUGUUUGUGAACGAAUUGUAUUAUAAAAAAGUGUUUCAAAUUAAAACGCAAUACCUUGAAAAGAUGGUGCAGAAAAAGUGUUAAACAGUGCUACUUGUCGCUCAAUAUUGCUCAAAAGCUUCGUCUAAAAAGAGGCGCAACAACUAACGCGUGUGCAACAAAAGUGCAGAAAACAAAACAGCGGUACCGAAAGGCCAUCCUAACACCUUUUUGUUACCCCCGUAUGUAAAUACAUGCAGUGUGAUGUGUUGAGUGAAUGUUAUAUGAACACAUUCUGGUGACAGCUAAACGAGCGCAUAAAAUUCUGCCGUGUGCUGUUGAAACCCCGUUGCCGAGACGGCGCGAAUAUGCACUUUUGUUUGAUGCAGUAGCGUAGCUGCACCCUACGACACGGAAGCUGAGUGAAAAGCAAAAUGUUGGGUGCACUGAAGCGUCGAUGGAGGACUACGAGAAGAUCCGUGUCAGCUGACAAUCAGUACGAAGCGGAACGUGAAGGUUUGAGUGAAAUAAUUGCCUCCCCACGGUACCUGGAGUUCCUGAAAAACUAUCGCGAGGAAGCAGCUGCCACAGCGGCUUCCGACGCAACGCUAGCCGUCUCCUCACCGCGCUACAUCGAAGUAAGGAAGGGACGGAUCGUACUCGAGUCCUCCCAGCAACAGCCACCACCGCUACCGAUCAGGAACGGUGCCCAACCUCCCGAUGGGGAAAAGACUGAUCUUCAACACCAGCAGCAGCAGCACCAGUUACACCAUGGCCGUGAUUCGGUUUUACGAAUCAACCGUGAAAAGGUACCCGCUGGAUGUCCGAUGGUGGCCUCCACAACUUUCCCGGAUGUCGGUGUCGAACAUGAGAUAUCCACACCAUUUCCGCCACUACCACCUUCGCCACCAUCGUCGCCGACGGCACGCCGAGGAUAUAGCCCGAACGCUUCUUCGCCCGUGCACGAGUGUGGGAAACUUGUGCGGAACACUUCCGGCUCGGUUUCAGACUCCUGCAAGAACACGGAACUGUUGGAAGCUCGCAUUGCGGAACUAGAAGAGGCCUUAUUAAAGCUACAAGAACGAGUAAACCAAAGUCAAUGCAACUCACCAACAUUGGAAAAGGAGAUUAAGGAGCAUUUAGAAGUUAUGAGCAAAGCGAUGAAGACAAAGGAUCGAAAAUCGAUGCAAGUUUGUCGAGAGCAUAAAACAUUGCAGGUACGCUUUCAGAAGCAAGAGAACAGUCUCAUGGCGCUGCAGAAUGAGAAUAAAUCGCUACACCAAAGAGUACGGCAGUACGAGACGUGCCUGGACGACAUCAUGCGCAAGGUGGUGGAUGCACUCGUGGCGGAGGAUAGCCUGCGGGACGAGGUGGCGAUACUGAAGAGCCGGGUGCGAGAUUUGGAAGCGCAGAAUGCGGCACUCGUCACGACCACACAAGCCAGUCCGGCGAAGAGUCGCGACGAAGGUUACUGCACGAUGAGCUCGGGACAGCCUCAACCGCCGACGGAAGGACACCUGGAGGAGUUGCCCGAGGAGCCGGAACAGUGGCUGAUGUCGGCGGAACCCUGCACAGCUGACAUGGAAGACUGGAGCAUGUCGCAGGAAGAGCUAGCGACAGCGCUAGACGAGGAAAACCAUGAGUGGAUAUGGAACUCCAGCUUUCUGACGACGGCAGAAACGCAGACUGAAGACAUUACCGCCUUGCUACACGACCAGAUUGUGUACUCGGAGGAUGAGGAGGUAGCAUGUACGAAUUUCACGCGUGACUUUUAUCGACUAGUCAGUUUUACGUCCGGAAGUACGCGCAGCUUGCACUCUCCAGUGGCCGCGGGCGGCACUGUUCGGGAGGGUAGUGUAGAUCUAAGCACGAGUGAGUCUAAGGAUACAACCUCCAGCACGCUUGGGCGCCGUGAUACACCCAAGAGAGCUGUGUGCGAUAGUAGCGAUGAAGACGUAAAUGAACGACUAUCUCAAAGUCCGACACCGAGCGAAGGUGGACGGGCGCAAGUGCUCAGCUGUUCCUCCAGCGAAUCAAGUGAUGCAUUAACUGAGAAGUUGCAACUACCGGCAUCAUCUUCGCUGUCGUGCAGUGCCACAACAACUAUCGACGAGGAGGAACAUGAGGUAGUUCUUCGCAACCAAACGUCACCGAAGAAAGGUGCGCAAUCUCUGCCUCAAUCGCCCAGUCGUCGAUUUAUGGGCAAUAAGUCGCUGGAAACUGAUGUUAUUAAAGGUGCGGUUUCGACCAAUCCUUCACUAUCGCUCAAUACGGCCGAUUUGCUGCAGGAUGUGCUGAUCACGUGCCACAAUCAGCUAAAGGGUAAAGCAGCCACAAAGCCUGAUAGUUCGGCAACCACUCGUGCCCAAUCGCCUGCGUCUUCAACGUGGCGAAGGAGUACGGGAUGGAGGAGAAUACAGCGUGGUAACGGUGUGCAUGAAACGCACAUCCCCGUCCCGAUUGGUGCGAAGGAUAGACUCAAAUCGCCUCCACCGGUACCGAUUCGUCGGACUUUCGCCAGUUAGCCGAUCAUCUACCCUGCUGAGUAGACGUUCUGUCGCGCUUGGAGUAUACUCUUUGGCGAGUAAAAAGUGGUCUAACCUAUACAAGGUGCUUGCUCCGCACAAGUCCCAAAUAUGCCCAAGACUUACAAAAUAAUGUCGAAUUAAUCAGGUUAUGAAAAGCAAACGUUUUACACGUGUAAACACACCUCUAUAUACACCAGUACUGGUUGUAAAUGUUUUCUUUGUUUUUUUUUUUGUAAGAAAAAGGAAGCAAUAAUCGUUUCCUGCUCUCAACAGAUGAGAUAAAACGUGUAAGGAAGCACAUACAUACACACCUAUAAUAGAUACACACGGAACCAUAUAACACCUUAUAUAGCUGUAGUUGAAGGAAGAAGCAACAUUAACAGGGCGUACUAACUGCUUAACGUAGUUGCGUUUGUGCUACUACGUUAAUGAUUCCUCAGAAUAGCGUGUUGAGAAGCAAGUAAAACUUAGAAAUUAAACAGAAAAAAACAACUCUAGACCAUAAGAUAACAACAUUUGUGAUAAUACGUUUAAAACAUACAACUCAAAAACAAAGAGAUGAACAACACACGCAGCGUAAUCGCUCUCGCAGCAGAUACACGCGCUGUGGACGCCGUACUGAUAUAAUACACACAAAGACACACAUACUGAUACGCAUACAAACUGCCAGCAAAACGAAUGUCUCACCUCAUACAUUACAUUUGGCGUAUACAGUUAACUAUAUUCUAUAUUGGUAAUAGACCAGGAAAGGGUUGGAACUGUUGGACAAUAAGAAUUUUUGCAGCAUUUCUUUCGCCGCAUCUCGUAUAUAAGCGGGUGAAAGCGGACAGCGAUCCCGGAGCGGAACCAAAAUCUUACUUACCAGAAAGGUUGUGAGCGGAAUAAGCGGAAUAAAGGCCACAAGAAAAUCGCUUGGAAUUAUGAGAGCAAAACAUUUCCAGGCGGGAAAUUUAUGUCACGAACGGUAUUAAUGUUCCAAUGUGCAGUGCAGGUACAAUGAAGCAGCAUCUGCCUCGUUUCUCACAAAUCACGAACAUAACGAUAAUAAGAGCAACACCCUGAACGAAUGCUAUUUAUCCUUUUUGAUUCUGAUUAGGUAUGAAAUUGGUUUAACAUUACCCAUAUUUAACAGCGAAGCAUUAACUUAAAGUACUAAUUAUGCUACUUUGAGCAGUUUCAUUUACUGCUUAUAGAACAUAUUUCUUUUGUGAUCCGGUUUUGAAGAUGCUUUGUGCGCUAUUGCUUUGCGAUGCUCAUAUCAAUCAUGUUGUUGAAUAUUUUUACUGCUUAUAUUUGAAGUCGAGCGGGGGAGGGAAAUAAUCCAUUGUUUUGCUUACCACACGCAUGCCAAUAUGUUGCUAACACUAAUUUUUGUUUGCAAAUAUUACGCUCACGAAUUUCUCGUGCUAAGAAAUCGUAUGAACAUUAUCGAUUGUUGUCGAGAGACAACAUGUUCGCUUCGUAUAGUGUUACCGGUGAGUGUUUUACGUAAACUAUGUAUAUCAGCUAAACUGUAUGCUAGCAUUUCUAUAGUCUUCGUCGCGCUUCAUAUCUUACCAUUUGUCUAUAACAUACUAGUUGCGAUGAUUUAUUGGCACCAAUUUGCUUAGCGGAAAACAUACUAGAAACAUUACACAUUAGCGUCGGUGAGCAUGAGUGUGUAACACACUGAGGGGAAAACAAUGAAAGUGAGUAGAAUAUCGAAAACAACACGCAAGGUACAAAUAUGCGACGGUAUAUGUUUGGGUGUUGCAAAUAUUGUAGGGAAGAGACAAAACAAAAAUACGUUCACUAGCGGUUGGGUUGCAGGUGGGGUUUUGGUUACGGGGAAUAUUGAAGGGUUAAUAGUACACAGAUUAGAAAUCAACCAAAAUCAAACUCCUUUACUACCGUUUACUCAGCAACAGCGCUUUCGUUAACGAGUAUCGUAUCAUAACACUUGUUCUUAGUAGUCACACAAGCUCACACCAGUUCACUGAAAGUAAUGUCCCGCGUUUUAGGGACACUAUUUUACUGUAAUCACUCUAGGACCUAACUAUCUAAUGUGCAUGUCGUUGUGUAGAGAAGAGUGUCGUUCGGUAUGAUAACAGUUUGGUACGGAAAGGUUAAUAGGAAAAUUUGAUAGAAAGAAGGUACUCGGGAACGAACGCUAGACAGACCCGGCAUUAUACAAGUAGCAUUACUCCUCGUUUGUUCGUGGUAAAGUUUCAAAAUAUCAACAAUCAUUAAUUGCACACAUCAAUAGCAGAAAGAUGGAAAAUCGUGUGUUUUACUUCUGUCGAGUUGGAUGUAAAUGUUCGAUAAGUUCUCUUUGUAUACAUACUAAAUGUUGAAACCGGUGUACUGAGGGUGACGCAAUGCAUUAUACACUAUUUACUUUUUGUAAUAAUUUCUUAUAUAUAUAUAAGGACCAGUUAGAGGGACUUUUACUAUUUAUAUCGAACUUCUAAACAUCGGCACUACUAUAUAUGAGCAGUAGGGUUGCGGAUAAUAUGAUCGGGUACGUUGUAGAUGUUGCUGUAGUCAUUUGGCAAUGCUGGGGUUGGAAUGUCUGCAGCACAUGAACACGGAAACUUAGAAUGGCCUUCGCCGAUCGAAGAACAGAGUAGGGUUUGUGAAAAAUUUCAUGAUAGUAAUAUUAAAACCUUUUCAAACUAAUCAUCAAA